AUGGCGCCAGCAGCUGUUAGCGUUAACUUCCCCCCUACAACUGAGUUCAGUGUAGCCCCCGAAGCCUACUAUUCGUCUGGCUUGCGUGCGCGCUUCCUCGUUGAUGCGGACCGGACCGCGGUGGCUAAUAGUCCAGCAACCUUUGCCAAAAUUGGGUACGAAGUGGACGAAAUAGCCUAUAGGAAGCGUGUCCAGGCUAGCCUCGCCGCGGGAAACUUACCUACCAAAGUCCCUGCGCGUUGGCCCACUCAAUUGUCUGGGCCUCUCGUCUGGAAAACAGGCGAUUUUCCAGACGAAAAUGAGUAUGUAUAUCACUUGACAGACGAGGACAAGCUUGAGAUCUCCAGAGCUUUGGAAAUAUUCAAAGGCCAUGGUCUCGGUGGCCAUGAAGUCUCACAGGCGACGUUUCCUCUCCCCUCACUCGGAAAAGAACUCGUGAAGGUCCGCAACGAUGUGUACGAAGGCCGUGGGUUUGGUAUUGUGCGCGGUUUGGAUCCAGACGCGUACCCGCUGGAAGACCUCACAGUGGUGUACUUGGGCAUUUCCAGUUACAUCGGCGAGCGGCGAGGAAAGCAGGAUCAGCGUGGUUCAAUGUUGAUGCAUGUCAUCAAACGCGGCGAUCAAGAACGAGACAUCCAAUACAGCGAAGACAAGCCAUUCCACACCGACACCGUCACCGACUGUUUGUGCUUGUUCACCCGAAGCCUGUCCGAAAAGGGUGGGCGCAGUAUUCUUGCGUCGGCAUGGACCGUGUACAAUGAGAUUGCAACAACUCGACCGGAUGUUAUCCAUGUUUUGGCCCAGCCUAACUGGCCGUUUGACACGUUCGGUCGUACGCCGCCAUAUUAUACCCGUCCAGUGCUAUUUUAUCACCACAGUAAGCUCAUCACGUCCUUCUCGCGCCGGUUGCUGGUGGGACAUGUGCCAUUCGACAAGCGGACUCCGGGAAUCCCUGGACUCACAGAAGCCCAGGCCGAGGCGCUGGAUAUGGUUCAUUUUGUGGCACGGAAGCAUGAAAUUAACCCUCGGAUUGAGCGUGGGGAUCUGCGUUUCAUCAACAACAUGGCCGUGUUGCACCGACGCGAGGCCUUCGAGAACAGCGCAGGAAACGCCCGGCAUCUCAUCCGGAUCUGGCUGAAUAACGAAGAAAUGUGCUGGAAGCUACCGCGAGCUUUGCAGCUUUCUUGGGCUCGGAUCUUUGACGACAACGAGCGCAGGGAGCACUGGGACAUCGAGCCUCCACGGAAAGAUGGCAAAAUCCUGAGAGUUGCCGGGUCAUGUGAUUGA